AUGGAGCCAACGCGCGACCAAGGCCUCGGUCACAAUGACUUUCACGAUGACCUGAUCCCGAGCAGCUGGCAGCGCGACACGCCCAAGGAUGUGCACCGCGAUGCCUAUGAUCAAGCUCCGCCUGACGACGACGACUUACACCGCGAUCAUCACAACAAUAACGAAGACAGCGAUGAGGAAGAGGACAUCACAGGACCGGAAAAGCUGCCCUUUCGCCCCCGACGAUAUGAUUUGGUCCCCGAGGAGACAGAGUUUGCGGAUCCGUUAACCUUACCGCACGAGGCCCUCUCUAGCGCUGCUUUUCGACCGCCGAGACUUCGCGGUCCCAAGUCCGAAUUGUGGACGCCUACGUCUCUGUCGAAGCUCUACCUGCUCUUGUUUGCGGCAGUCUUCUUACUUCUGCUUCUCAUGACUGGGCUGGUCUAUCGUCUGUCCUUGCGCAGUGAGGGCCUCGCGGUGGCGAGUGACGCCAAUCACUACCUGGGAAGAUGUCUUCCAACAGCUUUGUUUGUCUUGGUGGCCGCAUCCUGGCGCCAAGUCGACUACUACAUGAAGAGUCUUAUGGCAUGGAGCGAAAUGGCCAAAUUCCCUUCUACAGCGGAAAGGAGCGUAUUUGUCGACUACAGUACACCUGCGCUGCCGGUGGGCUUCUAUCGCGCUGUUAGAAAUCGGCACUGGCCUGUCGUGCUCUCCAGCCUUGCCUAUAUGCUGCUUAUUGGAACAAUACUCUUUUCCACUUCGUUAUUCAUGCUCGAAGAUGCCUCCGUGUCCGAAAGCCGGAACGACAUCAAGCUCAAGUCUGAAUUCAGGUUAGCUUCAGGCGCUGAUUCCGCCAAUUUCUGGAAUAUUGGACCUGGCGCAGCGCAGCUUUACAAUGCUGUCAACUUUCAGGGCCUCCACUAUCCACCGGGUACAUCCAAAGAUGCAGUUAUUCCUCAGUUGCAGAUUCCGCAAAAUAGCGCCGGAAACACAAACUUUUCAGUACUCGUCGACGCUAUCAUGCCUGAUCUGGACUGCGAACAACUACCAAUUACCAAUGCGACCAAGGCGUCUAUCCCUUGGAAAAGCAUGCUCGCCCAAUAUUUCAUCACCGAUGUCAAUACAACUGACUGCGCCAUCAACGGCGUGACUCUCGCUGGUGGCCCUGACCAUUACCAAUACAACGAUCCAAAUGCGACUCAAAACUAUCAAGCCCAGUUCGAAGUGUAUCCAUGCAACACGGGUUGGGACUUUGGCAAAGCGGAGGCACAGCCAGAUGACGACAAAGCAGCAAAAGUCUUUGACCCCUUCGCCGACCAGCGAAUCUUUCUGUCCGUUACGGAUCUUCAAAUUUCUCCUUACGACAAAUCUCUCAACGCUCCAACUUACAUGUAUGUCAACGAGGUCACUGCUUUGCUCUGCAAGCCCUCAUAUUCCAUUAAAUCGGGCAUUGCUUCUCAGUCGAGCCCGAUUGAUGGCGCCGCCCAGUUCCAAAGCCAUGCUGGCCCAGACUGGAAGUCCAUCACGGGCAUGGGAACCGAAGACGGACAUAUUGCGGAUAUAUCGGGCGGAGCUGUGGCGAUGGCUGUCCACACUUCAUCGUCGAACAUGUUUCUCGGCACGGGUGGCAAAGACUUUGCGCUUUCCGAGAUGGUCCCGACAUUUUUUCAAUUCAUGACUAUGAAGGCCAGGAAAGAUAGUAUUGGCGCAUUCACAGACGCGGAGCUGCUCAAGACAACUGCCAAGAGCGUGUACCAAGGAAUGGCCGCACAGACGAUACAUCUUCUCGCUCGACAACCUGCCGACAAGAACGCUGUAGGAUCGAUAGAGUAUCCUGGACGGAAGCUUGUGGCCUAUUUGAUAUCUGUUGCCUUCAUGUGCACAUUUCUGGGGUUUUGCGUCAUCAUAGCAGUUGCCCUGGUAUUUAUCGCUCCCCGCGCGGUGACUCCACAUCACCCUGGCUCUAUCGCGUCCAUGGCCACCAUCAUGGCGACGAGUCCCCUGUUCAGACAGGUCAUGUCAGGGACAGGCAAGGCCAGCGCCUCUGGGCUGCGCCAGAAGCUAGGCGAGUUUCGAUACAAGACUGCUGUGACGGCAGCGCCAUUUUCGUUCCGCCUCGAGGCAGUGCAUCAAAUGGAAACCGAAGCGGUUCGCCAAAGGCGCCAAAAAUCCUCCAAGUCAUCCUGGUGGAAGCCCACAGCCGGUCACAUGUGGUUCCUUGCCCUGGCUCUGGCCGCUCCUCUUACUAUCAUUGGAGCGCUCGAGGUCAUUCAGCACAUCUCCGACAGCAGCCAAGGCUUCCUCACCGUUGGCCGAUCUAGCGCCACCAUUUUCACUACAUUUAUCCCAGCCGCUGUCGUUCUCGCCGUAACUAGCAUGUAUGCCAAGUUUGUCACCAUGGCUACCAUCUUCGCACCUUUCACUGCCCUGAAGAAGAGCCAUGCAAUGGCUGACCGCACAGUGCAGUUCAACGUCACCGGAAGAAGCCUCCCCGUUGCCUUCUUCCGUGCAGUCAAGGCUAGGCACUUAGCUCUUGCCAUUCUGGUCGCAGCCAACUCCGUCGCUCUCUUUCUAUCGAUUGUUAUGUCUAGCCUCUAUAGUGUCGUUGAAUUUGACAGACCCCGAGACCUGACGAUUCAUCGUCUUGACAACUUCAACCUCAACCAUGCGAAGCUGGCUAUGCAAGACAGCCAUGCUGCCUCCAUGGACAGCUUGAUCCGUUAUACGGGGCUCAACUAUUCUCAGUGGACCUGGGAAGGGCUCGCUUUUCCUCGCUACGAACAAAACGAGUUCUCUGCUGAUCAGUUACGUGGCGAUGCGCCUCUCGUCGCUAUAGUGCAGGCGCUUCGACCUGGCCUAGCCUGCUCUGCUGUCCCAGCGCAAGAUCGUGAAAUUACCCAGGUCGAGGACAAGCCGAACUCAGGCUCGUACGUGAAGCUCCCUUUCCAAAACGAGUACUGGACGCCUAUUCCUGGCCAAGUUACGGUCGGUCUGAAUAUCACCAUGAGCUUCUCUGACUACUGCGAGACGCCCCCAACGAAAAAUGUGUCCCGAUCCAGCUGGAUGCAGUAUUUCAGCGUGCCCAACGACACCAGCCCCGUCUACGUUGGUAAGGGAUCCGUGCUCGUAUGGGACGGAAAGGAUAUUUACGGUGACGGCGCCGUCAAUACACACUCGUCGUCUCACGCUAGCGUGAACUUUGACGUAGAAGACCACGGCUGUCCUAGUUUUGCCGCCACCUUUGGCACCAUCAAGACUGUGCAGGCUGGUCAUGACGGCGAUGUGUCUUCAUGGAAGUUUGAGCACGACCUGGCCACUGUGGUUUGCUACCAGACCUUUGAAGAGGUCACCGCUGAAGUAACCUGGCAGCUCCCCGACUUUACCCUCGAUCCGUCUCGUCCACCCAAAGUAGACGAGUCAUCUGGCCGCAAGCUCAAGUCCGGCAGCGACAGCGAAAAGUUUCAGAUUCCCGUCAACGCGUGGCUGGAAGGCCUUGCUGAUCCAGUCUACAACCGUACAAUUUCCGCUCCGGACGACGGACCAACAACCAACAACGACGUGGAUGAAUUCAUCGACGCCCUCGUAUUUGGCAAGGGCGGUGUUCCAGUGACCGACAUUGUCGGCACAUCCAAUGCCCGCCACCUCGGUGACGCUGUAACCAAGGCCUACCAGGCUUACAUGGCACAGGCUGUGUCUCUCAACAUGCGAUCUGUCGAGAAAGUUGGCAAGCGCGCCACCGAUAUCACCGCUACGAUGCGCAUUCCCGGCCACCGGAGACUGGUGCAGAACGCAAAGCCCAAGAUCGCGCUGCAGGUGAUGCUUGGCGUCAUGGUGCUAUGCCUUGCCGCCGCGCGUCCGCUGCUACGCGUCGGUAAAGUGCUUCCGCACAACCCAUGCACUAUUGCUGGAAUGGCCGCGCUGCUGGCGGAUAGUAGUUUCGCGACGGACAAGGUGAUUCCCGCAGGUUCAGAGUGGCUUAGUAGCGAGGAAAUGCGGAGCGCGCGGCUGUUUGCGGGCUGGACGUUUUCCCUGCGAUGGUGGGAGGACGGGGAGAAGACGCCGGAUCAGAGACGCUAUGGCGUCGGAACGGAAAAGAACUUUACUUGA